UCUGGAGAUGAAAAUAUCUGUUGUGUCCAAGAAGCUGUGGUCGGUCCACAAGCAGCUGGUUCUCCUCCUCACCCCUCUGCUGUUCCUGCCUCUACUCUUCACUCUGCCGGAGAAGGAGGGAAAAUGUCUUUAUGUGGUGGUGCUGAUGGCUGUGUUUUGGUGCACAGAGACUCUUCCUCUGGCUGUCACUGCAAUGCUUCCAGUCUGCCUCUUCCCAACACUGGGAAUUCUCCCAUCCAAGAAAAUAUGCCCUCAGUACUUCCUCGAAACCAAUUUUCUCUUCCUGAGCGGUCUUGUGAUGGCCUCGUCCAUCGAGGAGUGGGGCCUGCAUCGCAGAAUAGCCCUGAAGGUCCUUAGCAUUGUCGGAGUGAAACCAGCAUGGCUCAUACUGGGGAUGAUGAUGACCUCGUCCUUCCUGUCCAUGUGGCUUAGCAACACGGCCACAACAGCCAUGAUGCUUCCUAUUGCUAAUGCCAUCCUGGAGAGUCUGUUUGGAGACCUGGAGACCCUGAAAGAGAAGUGCAAGUGCAAAGACGAUCCUGAGGGUGAUAUAAUAAAUGGUCAGUCUACUGUAAAGCUGCAUUCACUGCCCUCAGUGCCCUCAGAAAAACAAAUACUGUCAAUAGAAGGGUCGGACGGGAUGGAGCAGAGUGACAUGAGGUCAUCUGAGGAGAUCCGAUUGGAGUCGCAGUAUCAGCUGAAGGUGUGGAAAGGAUUCUUGAUCUGUAUUCCUUACGCAGCCAGUAUCGGAGGGACCGCCACGCUAACAGGCACCGCGCCCAACCUCAUCCUGAUUGGACAGCUGAAAAGCUACUUUCCAGACUGCGACCUGAUCAAUUUUGGCUCUUGGUUUGCGUUCGCUUUCCCGCUCAUGCUUCUCUUCCUGUUUGUGGGAUGGAUCUGGAUCGCGUUUCUCUACGGGGGGUUGAACACACGAUUGUGCUUCAAGAAACACGACCGAAGAGCCCAGGCAGAGGCCAGAGCAAAGGCUCUCAUAGAGGAAGAUUACAGAAAACUAGGGCCCAUAAAUUUUGCAGAGGGAGCGAUAUCUUUCUUUUUUGUUCUGUUUGCCGUUCUGCUGUUCACGAGAGAUCCCAAAUUUGUCACUGGCUGGUCUGUGUUGUUUAAAAAAGGGUACGUCUCAGAUGCAGUCACUGGUGUGAUCAUUGUGUCUAUACUGUUCUUCUUCCCCUCGCAGAAACCUUCUCUGAGCUGGUGGUUCGACCCUCAAGCUCCAAAUACUCCUUAUGUGCCUCUCUUAUCAUGGAAGAAGGCUCAGGACUCUGUCCCCUGGAAUAUCAUUCUGCUCCUUGGAGGCGGCUUCGCUAUGGCAAAAGCUUGUGAGGAGUCUGGACUCGCCUCCUGGAUCGGAGGCCACCUCCAGCCUUUGGCCGAGGUCCCUCCUGCUGCAGCUGUGAUGUUGAUCACUGGUUUCCUGGCCUGUUUCACUGAGUUCGCUAGCAACACUGCCACAAUUAUCAUAUUUUUGCCUGUCAUUGCUGAACUGGCUAUUCGUGUGUCAGUGAACCCUCUGUACUUCAUGAUACCUGCAACAGUAGGAUGUUCGUAUGCCUUCAUGCUGCCAGUGUCCACGCCACCCAACUCCAUCGCCUUUGCAUCGGGACAUCUAAUGGUCAAAGACAUGGUCAAAACUGGCUUCGUCAUGAACAUCCUGGGUGUCCUCUGUGUCGCUCUGGCCAUGAACACAUGGGGCGUUGCCAUGUUUAACUUGAACACGUAUCCAGAGUGGGCUCACCCCAUCAACAAGUCUGCUGCCGUUACUGAUGUGCACUUCUCGUCCGUGCAGUCACUCAAUGCAACACACUGAUCACUCACUCACUCUCAGCAUGAGCAAAGAGGAGGGAUCAGAAGAUUGUAUAUAGAUUAAACAUUUAACAGGGACAAAAGUCUGUAUGCAGACAUCAACUCUGUGUCACUAAAAUGUCAGAACAGUUUGGGAGCUUCAGCUGUUACCUGUUAUGAUGAAUUUAUUAAGUUUAUUAUACUCAAGUGUCCUUGUAGGAGUUAAGAUUUCAUGCUGUGAACUGUGAGCUGUGAAAACUCCUGAUUACAAACAAGUUGGGACGCAGAAUAGAAUAAAUUAUCAGCCAAUUUAAGAAUAAAGAAUAAUUUGCAAACAAACUUAGUUUACUGACAACAGUUUUACAAAGUGUUUCUGAGCCCAUGUAGU